GUGCCCACCCCUUCGCGGGAGAGAGUGCUGGUAACUCCUUCCUCCGAGCGGGUUACCUGCUCGGCGCCGUGGUGGACACGUGCGAAGGUCCGACAGACACUCGCAGCCCCCUCGGGAGGCCUGAAGCUGCCGGGCCCCUCAGGUGGAAGGAUUGUGGACUGAGACGCGCUGGGGCAGACUAUGUAAUCGCUUCGGUGUCUGUGCAGAGGACUGCGCUUCGGGGAGGGAAGAGGAGGGAUCGGCUAGCUCCUUGGCGACUCGGCAGGCGGAGUUUCGCGGCGGCACCGGGGUUGCGCCCGCCCGCGGGGAGGUCUCUCCAUCCAGCCCCAGCGGCCGCGAGAACCCGAGCGCCGGAGCGCGGUAGUCGGCGGGGGCGAGGGAGAGCGAGACCGAGCUCCGGGGCGCGAGGGAGCGGGCCGGGGAGUCCGGGAAGAGGCGAGCGGCGGCCGCGAGCGAGCCGAGCGCGCCCCCUGUCCGCCCCAGCGGUGCCGCGCCGGGCGGUGUCCGGGCGGCAUGGAGAAGGACGGCCUGAGCCGCGCGGACCAGCAGUACGAGUGCGUGGCGGAGAUUGGGGAGGGCGCCUAUGGGAAGGUGUUCAAGGCCCGGGACCUGAAGAACGGAGGCCGUUUCGUGGCACUGAAACGCGUGCGGGUGCAGACGGGCGAGGAGGGCAUGCCGCUCUCUACCAUCCGCGAGGUGGCGGUGCUGAGGCACCUGGAGACCUUCGAGCACCCCAACGUGGUCAGGUUGUUUGAUGUAUGCACAGUGUCACGGACAGACAGAGAAACCAAACUAACAUUAGUGUUUGAACAUGUUGAUCAAGACUUGACCACUUACUUGGAUAAAGUCCCGGAGCCUGGAGUGCCCACUGAAACCAUAAAGGAUAUGAUGUUUCAGCUUCUCCGAGGUCUAGACUUCCUUCAUUCUCACCGCGUAGUGCAUCGUGAUCUAAAACCACAGAACAUUCUGGUGACCAGCAGUGGACAAAUAAAGCUGGCUGACUUCGGCCUUGCCCGCAUCUACAGUUUUCAGAUGGCUCUUACCUCAGUGGUCGUCACGCUGUGGUACAGAGCUCCAGAAGUCUUGCUUCAGUCCAGCUACGCCACCCCUGUGGACCUCUGGAGUGUUGGCUGCAUAUUUGCAGAAAUGUUUCGUAGAAAGCCUCUUUUUCGUGGAAGUUCAGAUGUCGAUCAGCUUGGAAAAAUCUUGGACGUCAUCGGACUCCCGGGAGAGGAAGACUGGCCUCGAGAUGUCGCCCUUCCCAGGCAGGCUUUUCACUCAAAAUCUCCUCAACCGAUUGAGAAGUUUGUAACAGAUAUCGAUGAACAAGGCAAAGACCUACUUCUGAAGUGCUUAACAUUUAAUCCAGCCAAAAGGAUAUCCGCCUACAGUGCCCUGUCUCACCCAUACUUCCAUGACCUGGAGAGGUGCAAGGAGAACCUGGAUGCCCAUCUCCCUCCCAGCCAGAACAGCUCAGAGAUGAAUACAGCCUGAGGUGCCGGCCGCCGCCUUGAGCUGAUCACCCGGAGAACACCCUUGGGGGCUGAUGCCCCCCCCCCCGCCCCCCACCCUGAGUAAGCCCCGGCAGAGCUGCAGAGGAUCACUGGCUGGGGAUCUUCUAGUUGCCGUCUUCUGGACGGGCUCUGCUUCUCCAUGGAAACCACCUCGUGUACUGUUUUGAAAUCAAUGCAAGAAUGUUUGCAGCUUUAUGUUCAUUCGUUUGUUUGUUUGUCUGUUUGUUUGUUUGUUUCAAGAACCUGGAAAAAUUCCAGAAGAAGAGAAGCUGCUGACCAAUUGUGCUGCCAUUUCAUUUUUCUAACCUUGAAUGCUGCCAGUGUGAAGUGAGCAAUCCAGGCACAGCUGAGUUAUGAUGUAAUCUCUCUGCAGCUGCCCGAGCCUGAUUCGGUACUUUUGAGUGAGAAUGUGAGUGUGUGUGUGUGUGUGUGUGUGUGUGUGUGUGAUUCUUGUUCUCCUAAAAGUGUUACUUUCUGUAAACAACAAGAAUAAUUGAAUUUUAAAGACUCAAAGUGACCUAUAAAUAACAGGUGCCUGUUGACUAAAGGUAAUUUACCAGAAUGGGCUUCUCAAAUUAGAACGUUGAGCCUAUGUCCUCAAAAUUUCAUGGCCAAAAGCAGUAAAUUUGCUAGCAGUAAAAGGUUCACUAUUUAGAUGACGUUUUAUACACGCAACAAAAGGGAAAAAAUGCAAGUAUCUUUUAAGAGACCUGUUUUUUAAAGCAUAC